CAGAAGCUUCGGGCGACACUCUAUAAAGUUCUUUCUUGUACCCAAUUUUUAAUAGAUGCCCCCCUUAAAAGAGGACAAAAUGGACAAAAUGGUCCCUGAAAUAUGUAUCUCGAGACAAGUUCAUCCCGGAAAUUUAAUCAGUGGACAAAUUCGUCCGGACGUUGCAAACGUUUGGACGAAUUGGUCCGGACGUUGCAAAAGUUUGGACGAUUUGGUCCUUCCAUCCGAAAACAGGUGAGGUCCCUGACGGAUUACUCUUUCACGAUCGAAUUUGCCGUGAGUUGCUGUCAACCCCCAACCCCCAACCCCCUCCCCUGCGAAUUUCUUCCCGCCCCAAUUGCCACAGAUUGGAGCUUGUCUUCUCUGCCUUCUUCCCCAAAAUGCGAUGAAACCCUAUUCUUCAAAUGCUGGACAAAGCCUGAUAGAUCGAUCAAGCUUCCUUUUGCCAACAUUGAGCUGAUUUCAAGCUUCCUGCGCAAGGAGUGCUUCUGCAUUUGUUAUCUCAGUUCAGUUCGUGUUUGGCACCGUUGGAGCUCAUUUGAGCUCAUCUCGAGCUGGAGAUCCUGCGGAAGGAACCUUCUGCACCGUCGGGGAGGAGAAAGGGAAUAACCCCGAGAUCUUGCAUUGCGCAUGGCUUCCAGGAAUGAUGAUGACGUAUGUGAGGAAGAAAAUAUUGAAGGAUAUAAUGUAGAUGGGCAAGAGGAUCAUUUUCAGUAUGAAGGUACUGAGCAUGUUCAUUCAGAGGUUUAUUGGAAUUCAGAAUAUAUAUUCAAUGAGGAUGCUGAGGGUCAUUUGGAUGAAGAAGAAGAGCAUAUCGGUGAUAGAGCAGAUCCCGAAAAUGGAAAGCAUAUAGUUGUGAGAUUAUCACCAACAACAGCGGAUAUGGUCAUCUCUAGUGAUGAAGAUGAAGGCGAUAUUUCAAAAGAGCUAGUGGACAAGUGUAUCUCUGAUGAUGAGAAGAGUGAAGAGGAGUUCAGAAAGUACCCCGAAUUUGAUGAGAAUGCCACAUUUGGGGAGGUUCAAUUACAAUUAAACAUGUUAUUCCUGAACUUAACUAUGUUCAAGAAAGCUGUGGCAGAUUAUAAUAUAGCAGUAGGAAGGGUAUUCAAGUUUGUGAAGAAUGACAACGAAAGGGUUAGGGCAAAGUGUAGAUCGGACGGGUGCAAAUGGGAGAUCUUCUGUUCUUGGAGUAAUGAGGUGAAAACUUUCAAAGUAAAGAAGUUCGUGGAGCCACAUACUUGUGCUAGGGGGUUCAAAAACAAGCAAGCUAAUAAGAAGUGGUUGGCUACUCAGCUUGCUGAUGAAUUAAGAUCAUACCCGACAAUAUCAGCACAUGAUGCUUUUGAGUGGUUCAAAAGGUAUAGAGGUAUUCAUAUAGAUGAACACAUGUUAUACGGAGCAAUGAGGUUGGCCAGAACAAUUGUAGAGGGAUCUGAAAAAUUGCAAUAUCAAAAAUUGUGGGACUACUGUGAGGAACUUAUGAGGCAUAAUCCUAAUUCUACAUUUGGUUUGCAAGUAAAUAGACCUACUCUAGAGUUGCCACCAACAUUUGAUAUAUUAUACAUUUGCUUUAAUACAAAUGUUCAGGGGUUUAAAGCAGGAUGCAAACCCCUCAUUGGGCUAGAUGGGUGUUUUCUAAAGGGGUACUACGAAGGACAGUUACUGUCUACGGUUGCUCAAGAUGGCAAUCAACAUUUCUAUGUGAUUGUAAUAGCUGUUGUUGAGCAAGAAAGUAGGGAUACAUGGAGUUGGUUUUUGACAAAUUUGCUUGCGGAUAUUGGACAGUAUAGUGACAAUGGUUGGAACUUUAUAUCAGAUCAACAGAAGGGUUUGAAAUUGGCUUUGGAAGAAUUAUGUCCUGGUACUCCACACAGGAAUUGUGUAUUGCACAUAUAGAGGAACUUUUACAGCAAGUACAAGAACAUGAAACUAACCAAGCAACUCUAGAAAUGUGCAAAAAGUACCAUAAUGGUGGAGUUUGAUCAAAAUAUGAUGAUAAUGAAGAGAAUGAAUGAGGAUGCAUGGGCAUGGCUGAAAAGAUUCAAGCCCGACGCUUGGAGCAAAGCUGGAUUUAGUGAUUAUCCUAAGAAUGGUAAUCUACUAAACAAUACUUGUGAGCAGUUUAACUCGAAGAUUGUGAAGUUUAGAGGUAAGCCAAUCAUUACGAUGUUUGAAGAGAUUAGAUGUUAUUUGAUGGGGAAGAUGAAUAAGCACAGAUUGCGGGCAAAUAGCUUUGUGGGUCCAAUUUGUCUAGUAGCACAAAGUAGGCUAGACAAGUGUAGAAAAGAUAGUUCAUAUUGGACCCCUGAAUGGGUUGGUGAUGCAGCGGGUUACAAAUUUUAAGUAUGGAAAAUGCCCCAAUGUAAGGUGGUAGAUUUAGGUGCUGGGACUUGUAGUUGUAGAAUGUGGCAGUUAACCGGGAUACCAUGUGCACAUGCUAUUGCUUGCAUGGCUUACAAUAAUUUGGAACCUGAGAAGUAUGUUCAUUUAUGGUAUUCCACUGAACGAUAGAGAGCCACUUAUGUCCCAUACAUUGAACCAAUUACUGGUGAAAAGGACUGGCAUCGCACUGAACUGCCACCAAUUGAGCCACCUGCAUUUAAAAGACCGUCUGGAAGGCCUAAGCAAAGGAGAAGGCAAUCUGAGGGUGAGGCAAGCAACUCAUCCAAGGCAACAAGAAAGUAUGGUGAAACUCACUGCUCUAGAUGUGGAGAGGCUGGGCACAACGUUAGGAGAUGUACAAAAGAAGCCAAUAAUGAUGCUCCAAAUAAGAGAGGAAACGGAAGAACAACUAGGGGUUCUAAUGCAUCUGAUUCACAGGUUGAACCCCCAUUGGGCCCCUCAGGCCCCAUUGUAGGGUCUCAAGACUCUAUCAUCCUCGGGUCCAGCGUACCUGUUUCAGCUUCACAUUCUUUUGCUUAGGUUCAAAGAAGGCAUUUUAGCUCUGGAAUGGGGAUACCAUCAAACCAAGGUCCCAAUUGGAGGCCUCCAACACCAUUUAAUCAAUCUCCAAGUUCAAGCACAUUUCCAUUCGGAUUACCUGCAGCACUGAUGGUUAGAGGCAAUUGGAGUACUCAUACUUAUAGACCCACUCCUAUAAGGCCAAGAGUGCUUCCACAAGUUUCAACAGCUUCAGUGUCGACUUUUCAUUCAAGCUCAUCGCAAGGAUCAAAUACUAUCAGUCGAAGAACUUGAGGAGUUAUUGGACAUAACAGUUUUUACUGCUUUCAUUGUUGAGAAAGUUCAUUCUGUUAUGUAUUUUGUUGGAAAAGUGAAUUCUGUUAUGUAUUCUGUUGAAAAAUCGCAUUCUGUUAUGUAUUUUGUUGGAAAAAGUAAAUUAUGUUAUGUAUCCUAUAAAUUAGAAUAUCUGAAACAGUUAGUCCGUUUCGGAUAAAUAUGUUUGUGGAACCUUUUGUGGAUAAAUAUUUUGCUUGAGUGACGGGUCAUCUAUCCAUCUAACUUUUAUGUUCGGGAUAUAUGGUAGGCACUAGUCAUGACAUUUUUUCCUAAUGGUGCAGGGGGAACCUUUGCUCUAUACUCUUUGCUUUGUCGAGGAAAAGCACGCAUCCAGGAAAAAUGGACUCCUCAUGCUAGAUUGAUAUGCAGGAAUUUCCAAGGCAAAGAAUGAAAGUCAACCAAUUCAUGAAGCUUUACGAGAUCCACACCGAAUUCACUUCAUCCUUCAGCAUCUAUAUCAGAUCAACAGAGUGAUAAAGUAAGCAGUUCCAUAUCAAACUUCCCUCGAAUAGCUGAUUUCAAAUCUUCAACUAUUUAUAUAUUUGCAUGUGAACUUUUGCUCUAAGCUUUAAACAUGAACCGUUAAUGUAGGAAAGGAGUGGAUGUGAAGGGAUACUUUUACUGGUCUCAGUCCGACAGUUUUGAGUUUGGAAAGGGGCGCCAAGAUAGAUACGGACUUUACUACAUUGAUUACCAGAACAAUCUAACUCGUAUCCCCAAGCAUUCUGCAAAGUGGCUUCCUAGUUUCCUCCGGAACAAGGGAAGAACUCAAUCCCUCUGAACAAAGAAUAUGUAAACCCUACGAUCAAUUACAAGCAUGUAGUUGAUCUUAUGCAGCCUGCCGAACAGUUACAAGCAAUACUUUGUG